AUGGCGUCUUCGUCUUUAAGUAGCGACACUUGGUGUCCGACUCUUCUUGAUAGCAGUUUCGGAAAGCAUCCACUUUUGCUGUGGCCACUUGAAAACGAAUCGUGUCUAAUCUUCGAGAAAGCCAGAGAUCUAGCAAAUGGAAAAAUCUCGUCAUAUCGAUGUAAGGGAUGCUACGAUGAGAAGCGGAAAAACAAAGCCUUACCGCAAGUGCCUCUCGUAAAGUAUGAACGCCAAGAAGGAAAACUGCUCAACAAUCCAGAGGAACCGGCAAAUCCUCAUUUCUGUACACCAUUGAGAAUCGCAACAUGGUACUCAAAAGGGGUUUUACGAUUAGUGAAAGCCGAGCUACACGCUGCCCCUGUCGCUGGGCCGUCAAUCGCACGACAAGUAGCAAAGCGAAAAUUGAACGAGAUCUUUGAGCUUAUUGAUGGAGAAGAGACGAAGCUGAAAAGUGAACUUUUGAACACACUAGAUGGAGUAAAUCCGGACUCAAGGAGGAGAUUUUUCUCUCGCGCCAACAAUCGUGGAGCAAUGGCGGUCGAUUUGGAUCUCGAUCAAAUCAAUGAUGAAAUAAAG